AUGACCUUCACGGAGAACCGCAGGAACUCGCUAUUUUUGGUAAAAUUACACAAUGGCGUUUAUUUCUUCAUUGAAGAAACUUACUUGGCUCAAACAUUAAAACAGCUAAUCUAUCUAUGUUUCUUAUCUAUCUAUCUAUCUAUCUAUGUUUCUUAUUUAUCUAUCUAUCUAUCUAUCUAUCUAUCUAUAAAAUAUAAAUAUAAGAUAUCUAUUUCAAUAUUACCAUUAUCUAUCUCUAUCAAUUUAUCUAUAUCACUAUCAUUAUGUUUAUAUCUAUCUAUCUAUCUAUCUAUCUAUCUAUCUAUCUAUCUAUCUCAUAUCCAUUUAGCUAUCAUUAUGUCCAUAUCUAUCUAUCUAUCUAUCUAUCUAUCUAUCUAUCUAUCUCAUAACCAUUUAGCUAUCAUUAUGUUCAUAUCUAUCUAUCUAUCUAUCUCAUAUCCAUUUAGCUAUCAUUAUCUAUCAUUAUGUUCAUAUCUAUCUAUCUAUCUAUCUCAUAUCCAUUUAGCUAUCAUUAUGUCCAUAUCUAUCUAUCUAUCUAUCUAUCUAUCUCAUAUCCAUUUAGCUAUCAUUAUCUAUCUAUCUAUCUAUCUAUCUCAUAACCAUUUAGCUAUCAUUAUGUUCAUAUCUAUCUAUCUAUCUAUCUAUCUAUCUCAUAUCCAUUUAGCUAUCAUUAUGUUCAUAUCUAUCUAUCUAUCUAUCUCAUAUCCAUUUAGCUAUCAUUAUGUUCAUAUCUAUCUAUCUAUCUCAUAUCCAUUUAGCUAUCUAUCUAUCUCAUAUCCAUUUAGCUAUCAUUAUGUCCAUAUCUAUCUAUCUAUCUAUCUAUCUAUCUAUCUAUCUCAUAACCAUUUAGCUAUCAUUAUGUUCAUAUCUAUCUAUCUAUCUAUCUAUCUAUCUAUCUAUCUAUCUCAUAUCCAUUUAGCUAUCAUUAUGUUUAUAUCUAUCUAUGUAUCUCAUAUCCAUUUAGCUAUCAUUAUGUUUAUAUCUAUCGAUCUAUCUAUCUAUCUAUCUAUCUCAUAUCCAUUUAGCUAUCAUUAUGUCCAUAUCUAUCUAUCUAUCUAUCUAUCUAUCUAUCUAUCUAUCUAUCUCAUAUCCAUUUAG